AGUGAAACCACGAAGAUGUUGUUGAUGUCGUAAAAGACGGCUUCCACUGGUCUUUGCCUGCCAUCCGCUGCUUCAACAGUCAGAAGCCUAAACAGUAGACUAUCAAGUUACAGCCUCUCGGAAGUUGCUGAUGUGGCAUCUACAAACACAACUCAGCCUCUUUUAACCCUCUGUCUACUUGGCAUCAUUCGUUGUUCCACGUUUACCAUUUCCACUCGCGCACUUUUUCCUCUGGCACCAAACCAAAUACAUUUCCUCUUCGUUUUCUCUUCUCUCUCUACACAAAAAGCCAUCGUAAUCUCCGAUGUAAAUUCUUUUAUCACUAAUCAUGAAGAAAUAUAUCUUAAUUCUUUGCGCACUUUUGGAUCUUUAUAUGGUCGUCUGUCAAGAACUCUUAAUAGUAACAAUUGCUACCAAGGAGACUGAUGGCUUUAGAAGAUUUAUUAAGUCAUGUAACAAGUACAAGUUGAAAGUGUCGGUUGUUGGUAUGGGCAUGAAAUGGGAGGGUGGUGACAUGGACAUGGGUGUGGGUGGUGGACAUAAGAUAAAUCUUUUGAAGGAUGAAUUGAAACAGUAUUCUGACAGAAAAGACUUAAUUAUCAUGUUUACUGACAGCUAUGAUGUUGUCUUUACAAAUGGCUCGGAAGAUAUUUUGAGUAAAUAUAAGAAACUAGGAUCUCGUGUUGUAUUUGCUGCUGAAGGGUUCUGCUGGCCUGAUCACACACUUGCUAAACAAUAUCCUGCUGUUUCUGGAGUUGAGAAGCGCUUCUUAAAUUCUGGAGGUUUUAUGGGUGUUGCCAAGGACGUCUAUGAGAUUGUCACCUUUAAACCUAUUGGAAAUAAAGAAGAUGAUCAACUUUACUAUACCAAAAUAUUCCUCAACAAAGAACUGCGUACACGAUGGGACAUUAAAUUGGAUACAAAAUCAACGAUAUUCCAAAACUUAAAUGGAGCGCUUGGUGAGAUUAUGGUGAAAUUUAAAGGGCCUCACAGUUUCCUGUAUAAUGUGAAAACUAGACAAACACCAACUGUUGUACAUGGAAACGGACCAGUGAAGGAAGAAUUCAGUCGACUUGCCAAUUAUCUUGGAGAUGGUUGGACAAAAACUGGUGGUUGUCUUUCCUGUAAAGAUGAUGUGCUCAGCCUAUCUUCUGUAAAGAUUUCUGAUUAUCCAAAAGUAAUGAUUGCAGUUUUUAUACAUCACAAUAUUCCAUUUGUGAGAGAAUUCUUUGAUAAAGUUUACAAGCAGGAUUAUCCAUCGAAACACAUUGAUUUGUACAUCCACAACAAAAUGGAAUAUCACCACGAGGAAGUGAAAUCAUUUAUUAAAGAUGCUGAAAACAGCUACAAUUCUUUGCAUUACAUAGCUCCAGAAAACAAUGUUGAUGAAGCAACGAGCAGGAAUUGGGCUGUUGAGUCCUGUAUACAGAAGUCAUGUCGUUAUCUUCUCUCAAUUGAUGCUACAGCUCAUCUUGACAACCCAAAAGCAUUACGACUGCUCAUUGAACAGAACAGAAGUGUUUUAGCUCCUAUGGUAGCUCGCCCUGGUAAGUUCUGGAGUAACUUCUGGGGAGCAAUUAGUAAUGAUGGUUAUUAUGCUCGUUCAGAAGAUUAUCUGGACAUUGUGGACAGUACAAGACGUGGGCUUUGGGUUGUUCCAUACUUAUCAGAAGUUUAUUUGAUUCAUCACCAUCUGCUGCCUGAUUUGAAAACUGCUUACAUCAAUGGUAAAUUAGACCCAGACAUGGCAUUUUCCAAAACUCUUCGAGAUCAGGGCAGACUGAUGUAUGUGACAAAUAUGAAAUAUUUUGGCCACUUAAUUAAUUAUGAUAAUUUUGAUACCAGUAAAAAAUACAGUGAACUCUGGCAGAUAUUUGAUAAUCCAGUUGACUGGGAAGACAGAUAUAUCCAUGAAAAUUACACAGAUGUCUUUCAAGAUGAUGCAGUUGCUGAACAGCCUUGUCCUGAUGUAUUUUGGUUCCCUAUUGUUAGUGAGGAAUUUUGCAAAGAAUUCAUUGAUGUGAAUGAAAAUUAUGGCAAGUGGUCCAGUGGUCAAAAUGAUGAUCCACGUUUGAAUGGUGGAUAUGAAAAUGUCCCAACAAUUGAUAUCCAUAUGAAUCAAAUAGGGUAUGAGAAAGAAUGGCUUCAUUUCUUGCACAAGUAUAUCACACCUCUUCAGAAGAAGGUCUUUGAAGGUUAUCAAAAUGAGCCACCUCAAGCUGUUAUGAAUUUCAUUGUCCGAUACAAACCUGAUGAACAGCCACUAUUGCGACCCCACCAUGACUCAUCAACAUUCACCAUUAAUAUUGCCCUCAAUACACGAGAAGCUGAUUAUGAGGGAGGUGGUGUUCACUUUAUUCGUUACAAAUGUAAAGUUCUGGACACAAAGAAGGGUUGGCUGUUAAUGCACCCUGGACGUCUAACACAUUUCCACGAAGGGCUGAGAACGACAAAAGGCACCCGUUACAUCAUGAUCUCUUUUAUUGAUCCUUAAAUAGUAAAAGAAAAAAAAAAGUUUCAUGGAUUUCUUUUUUUUUUCUGGACAGAUAGAACUCUAUUGUGAUGUUAUCACAGAGUUUGCCUGGCUACUUUUACAUCCGUCCAAAAUUAUUGCAUUCAAAACCCCACCUCUUUUAUAAUAUUUACUGCAUUUAUUUUGAGUUCUUUUCUAACUUUGUACCAAAGCUUUUAUCGGAUAUUAAUCUCAAACAAACAUUUUUAAUAUAUAAAAUUUCAGAAAUAUCUUAUUUUUUUUAACUUGCUCAAAAUAGUUUUUAAACCUAUUAGCAGCAAUCAAAACCCACCUGACAUGCUCAACAAUGAAGACAAUUUGGUGUCUUAUAUUCUAUAUAUCCACAAUUAAACUGCUUCUUUUGGUGAACAAGAGGAUUAUUUGAACCAGUGAUUUUAUUUACAAUUUCCAUUUGUUUCAAAUGUAAAGACUUUGAAAUGUCUUUAUUUAAUUCAAGCUUGCUGUUUAUCAAUUCUAAAUUGGUUUAUUUGUAUAUUUUUUUAUUUUUAAAAAUGUGAUUGUAAUCUUGGAGUUAUUGAUGGUAACUAAUACAAGAACAAGCUCCCUAUCUUCUACAAACUGCUACAUUAAACUACCAAGCAAAAGCUGACGAUUAAUUGUUAACUUGUUUUUUUUUUUUUCGAUUUUAUUAUUAUUUUGAAAAAACCUUAUAAUUUCUGAGUCUAUAAUUUUGUUGUGAACUUCAAACCACUCCAGAAGUUACUUUUCUUAUCAUUUUAGAAGUGUUGGCUAUAAGAAUUUAGCUGAUCAUUCAAACACUAAUUUUUGAGGCAAUACUUUUGGAAGGCAAACUUUGUGUAUUGAUUCAACAAUCAAUAAAUUUUCACAAUAUUUUACUCUGUAUAUUACAGUAAAAAUUAUAUAACAAUCUUUAUUUUUUUUUUUUGGUUUACAUUUACAACAUGGGUAUUUCCCCAUCCCUUGUUCAUAUUUAAUUUUUAAAAAAAAUUUUUUUUUCUUAAAUCUAAGUUGUAGUGAGCAGAUUGUUAUUAAAAAAAUCCAUCAACAAAAGAUAUUUAAAUUAGGAUAUUUACUACUUUUGUACUAAAUUAGUGAUGAAGUUAAGCUUCAUCAAUGAUCACUGUUUACAAUCAAAUGUAUUUAACUUGUUUUUGAGCAGAGAAUUUUUAUAACAUUAUCUUAUUGAUAGAGGUUUCUCUAGAAAAUGGUAACCAUCAAAAUGGCUCAAUUUCAGACACUUACCAAUACAUCUUUUCUACCGUCUUCCAAUGAACUACCAGCGAAUUAAAGAAAUAAAAUU